CGGGGUGCCCACAGAAUGAGGGGUGCAGUGCUGGCGCUGGCCUUGCUCGCUGGCCUGGCCGCGGCCCGGGCGGCGAGAGGCGAAGGCAACGCCGUGAAGCUCUGCGGGAGAGACUUCAUCAGAGCCGUCGUCUUCACCUGCGGCGGCUCCCGGUGGAAGAGGCACUCGACUGAUGGUCGCUACCUGUUUGAAAAUCCCCUGCCCUUCUCACAAGAGAACAACGGUUAUGCCGACUCCUUGCCAUACACAGACCAGAGGCUGGAGAGUGACAGCGAAGAAAUCCACAACAUCAAGCCCGAGAUGGAGCGAGACCAGCAACGCACCGGGAAAAUGUCUAUGCUAAAAAAGCGCGAAGUAGCCAAGCUGCUCACCACAUCCUGCUGCAGCAUCGGCUGCACUGAGAGGGAGAUCAGUUCCCUCUGCUAAAAUGCAGCAGGUGCUGAUGAGGUUCAGUGUCACAGCCUUUGUGUAUUAAAGUAAUCAUGACCACACCUA